AUGCGUAAAUUUUUAAUGAAGAUUAUUGAAUAUAUUAAUCCAUAUCUUGCUAAAAAUGGCGGUCCUAUUAUUCUUGCUCAAAUUGAAAAUGAAUUUUCAUCAACAGAAAUUCCAUGGAUUCUGUGUAAUGGUCAUGCAGCUAAUUCAACAAUUGAAACAUGUAAUUCAUGUAAUUGUUUAGAUGAUGGUCAAGCUGUUGCUAUUCGUACAACAACUGAUUUUGCUUAUUCUGUUGCUGAAUGGUUUGCUGGUGAUGGUUCUUAUCAUUCAUCUUAUAUGUGGCAUGGAGGAAAUAAUUAUGGACGUACAGCUGCAUCAGGUAUAACAACAAUGUAUUCUGAUGAUGCACUUCUUCAUGCUGAUGGUAUACCAAAUGAACCAAAAUAUACUCAAUUAAGUCGUCUUCAACAUUUAAUUACUAAUUAUGCUCAAGAUGGACAAAAAUGGUCAAUAGGUACUGAACAAUUUGUUUAUUCUUAUCCACCAUCACUUCAUUUUAUUUGUAAUCAAAAUAAUAAUACAUUCGGUGUACUUUUUCGUAAUAAAAAUAUUUCUAUAACUGGUCAUUCUGUACGUAUAUUUGACAAUAAUUUAAAUUUAUUAUUGGAUAGUACUAAUGUAAGUGAUAUUCGAAGUGAUAAUACUGAAAUUUUUCCUAUUAUUAUUGAACAACUUAAAAUAACAAAUGAUGAAACAAUUUAUUUAUGGUAUCGUCGUAAUGUAACAUUAACACAAACACAAUCACAUACGUUAGUUCGUGUUGAAACACGUAAAGCAAAUGCAUUAUUAUUCUUUUUAAAUGGAAAAUAUUUAGGUGAAUUUGAUAAUCAUGAUCAUAGUCAAGGUUCAUUAACAGCAACAAUAUCAUUGGAUCUUUCAACAUUUAAAUCAAAUCAACAAUAUUUAUUUGAAAUUCUCUCUAUUUCACUUGGUAUUAAUAAUGAUAUAUGGGAAAAUAAUUUUGAUUAUAAAGGUAUUGUGGGAAAUAUAUGGCUUAAUGAUCAAUUAUUAAUAAAUGAUCAAACAAAUCUUUGGGAACAUCAAAAAGGUUUAGUUGGAGAAUAUUUUCAAAUUUAUACAGAACAAGGCUCAUCGAAAGUUGAAUGGAAUACACAAUGGACAAAGGGUAUUAAUAAACCAAUAACAUGGUUUCAAGCAAGAUUUAAUCUCGAUCAUAUUAUACGAGAAGAUCUAAAUACUAAUCCUAUUUUACUUGAUGCUCAACGUCUUAAUCGUGGUCAUGCAUUUAUUAGUGGAAAUGAUCUUGGUCUUUAUUGGUUAUUACAAGGUGUGUGUCAUGAUUCAACACCAUGUUGUUGUCCACAAGCACAAAUUAAUUGUUUACAACCAACUCAACGUGCACCAUCACCGAAUUCUGUUGGUAUUGCACAACGUGUUGUUAUAGCUUAA